AUGACAACUAUAAGAUGCGUACUAGCAUUAGUUGCAUCUCAAAAAUGGAUAGUUUAUCAACUUGAUGUAAAGAAUUCUUUUCUACAUGGAAGUUUAAAUGAGCAAGUAUAUAUGCAAAUGCCUGAAGGCAUUAAUAAUCCCAAGGGGAAGGUCUGUUUACUUAAGAAGUCCCUAUAUGUCCUCAAACAGGCUUCAAGGCAAUGGCAUGCCAAACUCUUUGAAGAACUAAGAAGUCUUGGAUAUGGGCAGUCCAAAAAUGACUACUCUCUUUUUAUAAAGAGAAUAUCUUCAUCAAUCAUCAUUGUUACAAUACAUAUAGAUGACAUCCUUGUUACUAGGAAUAACCAACAAGAAAUCAAGGAUUUAAAAGAUCACCUACAUAAGAAAUUCACUAUCAAAGACUUAGGACAUUUGAACUACUUUCUUGGGAUGGAAAUAAGUCAUACUACAGAAGGAGUUAUCUUAACUCAAUAUAAAUUUUAUGCAGCAUUGCUUUAUGUCCUCAAUUAUGUCAAUGGUACUUGUGGUCAAGGAAUUAUCCUUAAGGGUAGUGAUAAACUAGUAUUACAAGCCUUCUCAAACUCAAACUGGGCUUCUUGUCUUGACAGUAGAAGAUCUAUCACUGGAUAUUUAAUUUUACUAGGAAAGUCUCCUAUAUGUUGGAAAGCAAAAAAGCAACAUAUUGUCUCCAAAUCUAGCUCAGAAGCAGAGUAUCGAGAUAUAUGUCUCAAGCGACUUUAA